UUGCUCAGCACUGCUCUUUGGGAAGUUUUUACAGGAAUAUCAACGAGGAUAACAGCGUGGUCCCAGAGAUUUUAUAAUGUGGGCAACCUGCUGCAACUGGCUCUGCCUGGAUGGACAGCCUGAAGAGGUGCCAGCACCGCAGGGAGCCAGGGCACAGGCCUAUUCCAACCCUGGAUACAGCUCCUUCCCUUCCCCGACUGGCUCUGAACCCAGCUGCAGGGGCUGUGGAGCCCACUUUGCCAACACAGCCCGGAAGCAGACCUGCUUGGACUGUAAGAAGCAUUUCUGUACAAGCUGUUCGAGCCAAGAGGGGACCGGGCCCCACCUGUGCCUGCUCUGUCAGCGGUUCCGAGCCACGGCCUUUCAGCGGGAAGAGCUCAUGAAGAUGAAGGUGAAGGACCUGCGGGACUACCUCAGCCUCCAUGACGUCUCCACCGAGAUGUGCCGGGAGAAGGAGGAGCUGGUGUUCUUGGUGCUUGGCCAGCAGCCGGUCAUCUCCCAGGAGGGCAGGACUCGGGCUCCCACCUUGUCGCCGGACCUCCCAGAGCAGCAGGCCUUCCUGACGCAGCCUCACACCAGCACAGCGCCUCCUACCUCACCCGCCCCCUCUGCUUCCGCAGCCCCGGCUCAGGAAAGCCAGCAGGCCAAUGGCCAAGUGCCUCAGGACCAAGAGGAUCCCGUGUGCCGGGAGAACAGGGCCAGAGCAUCGGCCGAGGAGGAGACCCAGUCCAUCGACUCCGAGGACAGCUUCGUCCCCGGCCGCAGGGCCUCUCUGUCCGACCUGACCACUCUGGAGGACAUCGAGGCGCUGACCGUGCGGCAGCUGAAAGAGAUCCUGGCUCGCAACUUUGUCAACUACAAGGGCUGCUGUGAGAAGUGGGAGCUGAUGGAGAGGGUGACUUGGCUGUACAAGGACCAGAGAGGGCUGCAGCACCUGGUGGGUGGUGCUGAGGACCAAAACGGAGGAGCCGCACCGCCCAGCCUGGAGGAGAACCUGUGUAAGAUCUGCAUGGACUCUCCCAUUGACUGUGUUCUGCUCGAGUGUGGCCACAUGGUGACCUGCACCAAGUGUGGCAAGCGCAUGAGUGAGUGUCCCAUCUGCCGGCAGUACGUCAUCCGCGCUGUGCAUGUCUUCCGGUCCUGAGGGCUUGCACCAUUUCUUCAGUGCCUUACCAGGACACAGCCAGGGCGUCUGGCCCCAGGGCUGGCCAGCUGGCAGAGAGGCGUGCUCCCGGAAGAAAGCGUACAGUGUCCCUGAGACCAGGCCCAGCGAAGAUGCCCAGGCACGCCAGCCUGCCACCCUCAUACUUCUUGGCAGACAGGGCACUGAGAGCCCUGUAGGACUGGUACAGUGGACAUGGUUAUAAGUCCUUGUUUCCUUGAUCUUGGGAUGACUGUGGUAACUGAUGAACAGAGAUUUUUCCAGAACUCAGACUCUGUCAUCUCCCUUCCUCUGAGAACCUAGACACCUUCUCGAGGAGCAGUUCCCCCUCUGCUCCCCGCCGCUGCCCACUGGCCCUCUGGAGGCGUAGGUCUCGGUAUUCCACCCAUCACACUUGGGCUGGUUUAUGUACCCCUGGCUUGCUUUGCUUUAAUCCAACUUUGCUAAGGUCUGUGGUUCUAUUGCCUGAAAUCCAGACCAAAAAGAUGUUGGCUGACCAGACCAAGAGUGGUCUUCUAUCUGGAGACUUGCACCAGUAAACAUGAUCACUGGUGAGACAUGAAACACAA